ACGAUGAUUAUUGCAUCAUGGCUUCCACCGGUAGCACGUUUCUUAGGUUUGGGGUAAAGAAGUUUGCCAACAUUUUGCAGUUUGGCAGAGGUAGAAGUGUUCAUAUUGCAAAAUCAUGCUUAAAACAGUACAGACCUAGCUUGAUGAACCUAACUACAAGACAGUUUAGUACAGGUCCUAAGCUCCUUUCUGCUUCUGUCCAGAACCCAGCACCAGACUUUCAGGGUGUAGCUGUUGUUGAUGGCCAGUUCAAAAAUAUUUCCUUAGCAGAUUUCAAGGGGAAAUACCUUGUGCUGUUUUUCUAUCCAUUGGACUUUACAUUUGUAUGUCCGACAGAAAUCAUAGCAUUUAGUGACAACAUACAGAGAUUCCGUGACCUUGACACAGAGGUGAUAGGCGUGUCCACAGACUCGCACUUCAGUCACCUCGCCUGGAUCAACACCCCGAGGAAGGAAGGAGGUCUAGGUGGUCUGAACUAUCCCUUGUUGGCAGAUUUCAAAAAGGAGAUCUCCCGUGAAUAUGGUGUCCUCCUGGAAGAUGAUGGUGUGGCACUACGAGGAUUAUUUCUGAUUGAUCCGGAGGGCAUUGUGCGACAGAUGACUAUAAAUGAUUUACCUGUAGGACGAUCAGUAGAUGAGACGAUACGUCUUAUUCAGGCUUUUCAGUUUGUAGAGAAGCAUGGAGAGGUUUGUCCAGCUAACUGGAAACCAGAUGGUGCGACCAUUAAGCCAAACCCCACUGAAUCCAAGGAAUACUUUGAGAAAGUCAAUGUUAAUUAACGAAGGCUGUGGAUAGGACUCAGAUACUAUUUAUCAGGACAUAGACCAAUGACAGUAAAAUACUCAGUAUGUUUUAGUUUACAUGUUAUGUUAUUGAUGCAGUUCUGUUCGGUGAAUUAUUACUUUUACUUAUGUUAGUGAGAUUAAUUACAUAAUCACUUUUAGGUAAAUCUAGUCAUAAUUUAUAUGUAAACCAAUUUUACUGCUAUCUUUAUUGUGUGACUUUCUUUUUUUUUUUUUCCUUUUUUUUUUCAAUGUUCUAAUUUAUUUUUUAUUCUAAUGCAUUAUUUGUGUGACUCUGCACCUGAACCUUGAUGUUAGCUAUCUGAUAGCUUCAUGAUUAUCUCCCUUGAGUUAUAUAGUAAAGUCUUGUCAAUGGAACAUACCUCAUGAUUCACUCAAAUGAGGUUAUUGACAGGUUUCAUCUCGGUACAUACAAAGAAAUUAAGUAAAAUUUGGUAAAAAUGCAAUUUAAAAUUUCUUGAUGGGAAUGUCACUAGUAAGAGUAGUUUACACAGGCCACAGUGAAAGCAGAGGAACGAGAAAUCAUCUUUAGACCAAAGUAAAAGAAAAUGGAAUUUGUUCUUCUGUCAAAACUGGGAUUCAUCUUACUGAUGUUUGUAAGAAUUAUAGUACAGAUUAGAACGUUUACUGCCUCAAUUAAGAAUAAAAAAUAUGUCUACUUUAGGUCAAUUAAUAGAUACUCUGUCACUUUAUGGCACAGAGUCCGCAUUACCACAGAAAGGGACACGAACACAGACUUUGUCUUUGAAAUUUUAACAGAAAAUCAGUAUGAAGAUUUUUUUGAGGUGACUAAUUCAAAGUAUAUAGAAUAGUACUGUAUCCAUUAUCAAGUCAAGAUUUGUCUUCAGUACAUAACAAAAGCCACAACGCAAGUAUGUAAGUAAUGUAUUAACUUAUUCUGGGGUACGUCUUAGGUAUGUUAACAUUACCUCGUAUAGGAGAUAAUCUGGGGUACGUCUUAGGUAUGUUAACAUUACCUCGUAUAGGAGAUAAUCUGGGGUCUGUCCUAGGUAUGUUAACAUUACCUCGUAUAGGAGAUAAUCUGGGGUACGUCUUAGGUAUGUUAACAUUACCUCGUAUAGGAGAUAAUCUGGGGUACGUCUUAGGUAUGUUAACAUUACCUUGUAUAGGAGAUAAUCUGGGGUCUGUCUUAGGUAUGUUAACAUUACCUCGUAUAGGAGAUAAUCUGUGGUACGUCCUAGG